GUUAACAAAUUGAGACAUCAUAGCACAUAAAAGGAGCCCCGGUGUGUUAAAGCACUGAGCUGCUGAACUUGCAGACCGAAAGGUCCCAGGUUCAAAUCUCGGGAGUGGAAUGAGCGCCCGCUCUUAGCCUCAGCUCCUGCCAACCUAGCAGUUCGAAAACAUGCCAAUGUGAGUAGAUCAAUAGGUACCGCUCCGGCGGGAAGGUAACGGCGGUUCAUGCAGUCAUGCCGGCCACAUGACCUUGGAGGUGUCUAUGGACAACACCGGCUCUUUGGCUUAGAAAUGGAGAUGAGCACCAACCCCCAGAGUCAGACAUGACUGGAUUUAAUGUCAGGGGAAACCUUUACCCUUAGCACAUAAAAACAAUAUAAAACAUAUCAGCAGCAGUUUAGGGCCUGAGAACAAUAGUUGUCAGGAGUUCAGAGGAUUUGGAUUUGUACAAGGAACUCAGGGUAGGGCUUACUUGAUGGAAUCAGGCAGUUAUAAAAAUGGUGGAGAACCGUGUCAGUAAUAAUACUAAUAUCUAUAGGACAGACACUGUGAUAAAGUGCCAUAGCUGAGGUGAGGUAUAGUUGUUUUGGCUGAGUGUCUUGUAGGUCUACUUACUUAUAUACACCUAGCUAGAAUGGUAGCCAUGCUGGUUAUAGAAUUUUGGGAUUUGCAGUGCAAAAAAUUGAUUUCCCAAGCUCUGCCCCAAAAUCUAUUGCCAGUUGGAUCAUGGUGCAAAAUAAUAUUUAAGAGAAAAUGCCAUAGAAUUGCACAACAAGAAACUCCUAAGCAAUUUGAUGAUUUUUUUUUUUGAGGGGGGUUGUUCUGUGUCAAAAUCUGAUUUUGCACACAGGUCCUUUUACAUACAGAUACUGUUGCUGAAGCUUAAUCUUAGCAGCUUGAUGAAGAAGCAGAGGAAAGGGUUACUUUUUAUUCACUAUUGUGACCUCGGUUGGAUAUCAGUUACUUUUGCUGAUCUGUUAUACUUCCCCUGGAUAUUUCCCAGUAGACCCUGACCUACCACUGGUCCUUUUCUAUUUUGUGAUCAUUGCGUAAAUAAACCCCCCAUCCCUGUCCUGUCCCGGCCAAGAAACCUAUUGGAAUCCUGAGUUGGAAUAGUGGAAGAUAACUCAAUGAGAAGAUUGGUGUGUAUAGGGGCCCAUUGUUUUGCUGGACACCAGAAUCUCCUAGACAUUCCAGAUUCUACCACUUUCUUCUUGGUAGGUUGUCCUUCUUUCUGAUACCUCCAAAGAACAGACGUUGCAUACGUUAAUUCUCGGUGACUCUAAGGAAUGCCAUUCCUACUUAUCUUCUGGUGCUGGACCAUUUUGAUCCAUACAGUCAUCAUAUUUUUCAAGUUUACAUCAAAAAAUAAAGAUGAACUUUCAAAGAAACAGAAAGAUGGUAUGGAAUUGUAGGUCUCAAAUCAAAGGCUCCAUAGGUUCGAGAGAGAGAGACGUUGUUUGGUGUAAUUCCUGAGACUGCGGGCUGCUGUAUCCUUGUCGUGGUGGAGCGGGUAUGAGACGUUUGUACUUGGUUCUGCUAUGAGUAUGCCACGGCUGCCAAACAAGAUGCCCCUGGAGUUUAGGAGUAUGUGUGUGCUGCUGCCAAACCGAGACCAACUCAGCGUGACCGUCGGGGCAAAAGCAACUGGACAAGAACUCUUUGACAAAGUUUGUGACAUUCUGAAAAUUAAGGACCCACACUUCUUUGGCAUUAGUGUCGUAAAAAACAAUGAAUAUGUAUUUAUUGACCUGGAGCAGAAGCUUUGUAAAUACUUCCCAAAGGAGUGGAAGAAGGAAACCAGCAAAGCAACAGAGAAGUUCAGCCCUCCUUUGGUUACUUUCUUCAGAGUACAGUACUAUGUAGAAAAUGGACGAGUCAUAAGUGACAAGGUAGCCCGGCACUAUUACUACUGUCACCUCAGGGAGCAAGUCCUCAGAUCUCGGUGUACAGACAAAGAAGAAAUCUACUUCCUGUUGGCUGCCUAUGGUCUGCAAGUUGAUGUGGGUGACUACCGGGAAGAUUUCCAUAGAGAAAACUAUUUUGAACCCCAGACUUAUUUUCCACAAUGGAUCAUUGCAAAGCGGGGGAGUGAUUACAUCCUGAAGCAUGCUCCAAAAAUGCACCGAGAACAGCAAGGCCUGUCGACCAAAGAAGCUAUCCUGCAGUAUGUCAAGGAAUCAUGCUUGUUGGAAGACGUGCCUGUCCACUUCUACAGAUUGCAGAAGGAUAAGAAGGAGGAACGUCCUACAAUCAUCCUAGGUCUAACCCUUAAAGGGAUGCACAUUUACCAGGAAGUGAACCAUGUUCGCCAACUUCUCUAUGAUUUCCCCUGGUCAUAUAUUGGGAAACUUGCAUUUCUGGGGAAGAAAUUUGUGAUCCAGCCUGAUGGUUUGCCUUCUGCCCGUAAACUGGUUUACUAUACUGGCUGUCCUUUUCGAUCUCGGCAUUUGCUGCAGUUGCUCAGCAACAGUCAUCGUCUAUUUCUUAACAUCCAGCCUGUACUUAAGCAGAUCCAGUUGAUGGAAGAUGCAGAAGAGAAGAAACGAUAUCGGGAAUCUUACAUCAGUGAUACAUUGGAGAUGGAUCUUGAUCCAUCAGACAAGCAUUCACAUGACAGUGGAAGUAGCAGAGGCAGUGAGAGAAACAACCGGUUGUCUCGACAGUCAACAGAUAGCCAUAGCAGCUCACAUACAUCUGGUAUAGAGACUGAUUCAAGACACCGAAUCUCUGUGGAGAUGUCAGUGGAUGAGCCCUUUGUUAUGAGUCGGACCCAUCAGAAAGACCAGUCUUGUAGCUCAAAUAUCAGCUGUGGCAGCUCUGGCAUUGAUAGUGGUGGUAAAGAGAGAGCAGAAGAAGAUUCUCAGGAUGAUGAAGUUGAAUUAGUAGUGGAUGAACCAGAAGAAGUACCAGUGGAUGGAUCUCCAUUGGAAGAAGUGGUUCAUGAAGAGGCUGUUGAUUCUCUUUCGGAAAAUGAUGUAUGUUGCAAAGAUGUUAAUAAGAACCAUCUUUCAGUAGUACAAGUCACAUUAAUAAAGGUGAAAGGCCAAAGUGUGGAAUCCCUUCAGAUUGCGCAGCCCAAAGCUACGAAGUGCCCUGACAAGCAUAGCCAAAGUCUAGAUGACAUUCGUCUUCACAAGUGUCUUCACCCACCACUCAGUGCCACCCUGUCUUCAGAUACCUCCCACAGCUAUACCUUUGGUUGUGCAUUAGAGGACAAACUCGCCAGCUACGGAUGUGUUUAUUCAACAGCUGACUGUAAAACCAAGUCAGCUCUCUAUGGAAAGAGAUCCAUGAACUGUUUGUCUCUGGACCUCUUGGGAGAAGAUCAGCUUCCAGAGGAAUUUGUGGUGUGAUCAACUGAAGAAGCUCUUGGGUCAAUCUGGCUGAACAGCAUCUGUAAACAUGAAAUGACCGCUGGUCUAAUGGGAAAGAGAAGCUGUUCUCUCCCUGUAUCUCUAUACCUCAUAAUGUGGGAAAGCUGCUUUCCUUAUUGCUUGCCCCUCUGUGGUUUAUCUUUUUUUUUAUUCAACAGACCUGAUCAAAGUGCAAGUUAAUAAUUAAAGUACAUCCUUGUCAGUGCUCCAGUAUUGGAGGAGGGCUUUUGAACCAUUGACAAGAAAAUCUUUCUCGCUAAAAUGCCUGGUGGGCAAAUGAUUCACACUAAUGAACACACUUGGCAGACAUACAGCUAUAUUUGCUUACUUUUUUAGACAAACUGGUUUGCUGUAUUGUGGGGUUUCCCCCCACACUGCUUCAUCAUGUGUAAUUCUUUGGAAAAUUGCUUUCCCAGGAUGUACCAUCAUCAACUGUCUGCCUAAUUUAUGCACUGCAAUGGCCUUGUGUCAGAAGCAGUUUUCAAUUUGUAUGUCCAAAUAUUUUGGAAAUAAUAGUGAUACCUAUUGGCAUGUACUUUAACUCCUCAAGAAGCUAUUUGGAUGUCAUUUCCUGUUUUAGCUUUUCCUCUUCUACUCAAAGCCAUUUCCUGCAAACGUAACCAGAAAGACAACAGCAGAUUAUUAUUUGAUACAGGUAGCAUUUUAUACCCGAUUAUUUGCAAGGCGCUGAAUUGUGAUGUAGGGCAACAUAUAAGAAAAUUGUGAGAUGGUUGUUAGAAGUAAAAAUGUCAGAAAUUGCUUACAAAUGAUAAUGCAUGCCAGCAAUUUCUGUAGGACUGCUUCAUGACUUUCCCAGAGCUAUACAAAUAUGACAACUUUCCUUUGGGGUUUAUGGACAGUUCCGUGUGCAUCGGAAACCCAUUGAUUUCACUGAGACAUGAGCAACCUUUAUAGGGUGGUAUGAACAGAAGGUAGGGAAAGAAUCCUGCUAAUUAAGAUUAAUUUCAAAAUUAAUCUUAAUUCUGAAAUACUCCUUAAUCCUAGCUUUGUUUCACCAAGAACGUUGCCUUAACUUUUAUGAACAAUGUAACAGUAUACUUCAUAUAUUUUUAAUAUGCUCCUCCCUCAUGGGCCAAUUAAUACACUCAUGUUCAUCAUUCACUUACUGACUGUACAGACAAGACAGUAUGACCUGCUAGCAUGGAGCUAAAUUUCUCUUUUGAAUUUUUCCAGUACAAAGCAAUGUAUUUUGAGUGAAAGGAGAAGGGUUUUAUGUUUGAAGGAGGAACUCUCAUUGGUUAGCUCAGCAUUGCAUCAUAGUUCUACAUUUGGACCUAAGUUUCCAGGUUCUGCCAAUAGUUUAUUUUUCUGGAGUGAAAAGGAAACCAUUACCAUCAUAGUUUUCCAGUCCUUCCAAAGUACUUCAGUUUCACUCACGGACACAUAAAAAAGUGAAAUGACUCCCCCUCAAAUUGGGUAGUAAAUUUUGAGGCAUGAUUCAAGUCAGAUCCAUUGCCUACCCAUUCAAAUGAGCCCUUUAUCACUACUUCCCAAACUUUCAUUCCAGUACCCAUACAAUUGCUUACAAGUGGAAAUAACCAACACAUUUGACCUAGAAUUAUUUAAGGCUAGCCGAAAUAAAAUAUCAACCUGAAAGGAUUGUCUCUCCUCUCCCUGCCCCCCCCCCCCAUGAUAGAAGUGGAGGACCCAAACAAGCAGCACAAUGUUAAAGCCCCACACAUGCAUUCUUAUCUAGAUCAAGCACAGUUGUACACUUGUUUUUUCUAGUCACACGAUUGUUAAUUGAAUUAUUGGUGUCUUUUCUUGUUUGGCCCCCAGUGUUGGGUAACAAAGAAGCAAAUAAGUGGUGUACAUAACUGAGUUAAACCAUUCUAAAUCUUUCCAUAUAUUUUCAUUGUCUCCUUUAGUUUAGUGUUGCAUUGUUUCAAGUGCAGGUGUGCUUUGAUGGUGAAACUGAGAAUGUAAUUCAAGCAACAUAUGAUUAUCUUAAUAAUAUUAUUCCUUCUUUUUGCAGUAUAAUAUUUGUUUUGUCCACCCCAAGUUUGUUCCCUAGAACAUGUUUUUUCUAGAAUGGUUGUUGCCAUAGAGAUAAAUUAGGGGGUCAAGAAAACCCAGUUCCCACAAAAUUGUAGGGCUGGCAAAAACCAGUAACAUCUACAGGAGUUUUAUUUUAUCUGGCUCCAAACAUUUAAAGAGAAGGAACAGGGGGAGGAGGGAUGUGGAUGAAAGGUUGCUGUUUUGGCACAUUUUAUUUUCUUGCAUGCCUCCUUGCAAAAGGGGUGAGAAGGCAACCACGGGUUCUGAGAACUACCUUUAAAGCAGGUGUCUUUCACAAUCCCCAUGAAAAUAAAUGGAUGUUGCCCUUCUGUAGAGCUUGGGCAGGACCUCUUCCCAGUAGAUUGUGGUUUUUUCUUGCUUUUGCUAGUGUGAGUUUUAGUGAUCCUUGUAAACCAAUUAGUUGCCCUAUAAUCUGUGUAUGGAAAUUGUACUAAUGGUGUUGGACUGCAGUUCCCAAUAUCCUUUCCCAUGUGGUAUGCUGGAAGUUGCCACCCAACAACAUGUAGGGCAUAUUCAUGCUGCACACUUAAAGCUGUAUGGUCCCAUUUUAAUUGCCACAGCUGCAUCCUGUGGAAUGCAGGAGUUGUAGUAUAGUGAGGUACUAGAAUGUUCUGGCUAGAAACUCUAAAUGCACCUUCUUAAAAUGCAAAUCCCAAAAUUCAUAGAAGCCAUGGCAAUUAAAAUGAAAGCAUAAUGCUAACAUGGUGCAAUUUGAAAGGGUUCCUAGAGGGCCCCAUGACUCCAGUCAUCCUCUUGGUAAUUUUAUUUAUUGUAGUGGUUCUCAAUGUGGGGUCCUCAGGUGUUUUUGGCCUACAACUCCCAAGACCACCAGCCAGUUUACCAGCAGUUAGGAUUUCUGGGAGUUGAAAACCAAAACAUCUGAGGACUCACAGUUUGGGAACCACUGAUUUAUUGGAUCUGCUCUAUAGCACCAUCUUCCUCCUGUUUUAACAAAUGCUAACUUUCAUAUCCAUUGUGAGCAUGCAUGAAGCAUCCGUAGCAUCCCUUCCAGUUGUUCCCUUCAAAUGUUGCUCAUUGUUCUAGGCUCUUAGGUACUUUCUCUGCUUUUAACCCAUAUAUUCAUAUUUAUUUUAUUUUAGUAAGUGAAAAAGAAAAUCCUGCACUGUUCAUGUGCCUUGACCCAGUUUUUCAAAACAGGUAUAAUGGGAUAGUGUCCAGCCUGAGGGCUAGCUCUCCCAGGGAGUCAUGGAAUCCAGAAGUGAUCCUGCUAAAUACAGGUUACUUGAAGUCUGAAUGAAUGCUGUUCCCUCACCAUCUUUUCUUUCCUAUUGAAAAGGUAAUUUGAGAAGCUGGACCAACAGUGAUACAAAUGUGUCUUAAUGAAAAUUCUCCAAGAACUGUGACGGUUAUUAUGCAAUUUUCUUUUGAGUCUCAUGAAUAUGAGAGUUCUCUCUCUCAAACACACAUACACACACAUAUAUAUAUAUUGGUUUUCAUCAUAAGGUUCUGUUUCACGUUUGGUUUAGCUGUGGUUUGGAAUUUUUAUUUUAUUUUUAAAGGCUUUUAAUCUACUGAAGAUAUGAAAACCAGCUGUCAAUAUUUGUUCAGCUGUAAGAUACUGGUUGCAGUCACUCCAUUUUUAAUGACUGAUGUUCCUCCUUUCCAUGAAAGGAAAUAUUUUGUAUGGGAAAAACACAUGAACAACACACAUAGAUUGAUUUGUCUGUCUCUGUAUACAUAUGUAAUAAAAAUGGUAGAAAAACA